CAGCUGACUCAGCACGUGCGAUUUGUUUUGCUUUGUUGUUGCAAAAUGGAGCCGGGAAUUUGCUAUAUAAAACCAGAAUACUUAGUUGAAGCUGUCGGCGAGUCAACGUGGUCAAAAGGUCCGAAUGAGGAGUCAAAUAAGAGAAAAAAUGAUGAAAAAGCGAGUGAAGAAGAAAACGUGUCAAAAAAGGGUGGCGGUGGCAAAAAGGAACGCAAGCGUGGCCAGAAUAAGAAUCGUCCUGUAUUCAAGGACGAACGAUAUUCACAUCUCUGUCAUUCUUUGAUCGAUGGACCAGGCGGCAAUGCAUGUUCCCUGGAAAAUUGUCGCUAUGUACAUGAUCUGGACGCUUUUCUUGCUGCCAAAAGUGAGGAUUUGGGCACAGAGUGUUAUGUCUAUACGACCAAAGGAUAUUGUGGACGUGGCGUCACUUGUCGAUUUUCUAAGGCUCAUUUAGAUGCACAGGGCAGGAAUAUAAAAAGGGACGACUACGACGAAAAGGCAGCCAAGACCACAUAUAAUGGAAUUAGCUCUGAGCUUCAGGUGUCGCUGCGUAAACAUAACUAUGAUUUUAGUCGUUCCAAAGAAUUGAUUCGAGAUGCCGAGAAGAUUCGAGAUGCUAGAAAAGAGCGAGAAAAAUUGAAUAAGGAGACUGAUACUGCCUCAACGACUGUAAUUGAUUCGCCCAAGGGGCGAGAUGCUGAUGCUGCUGAUCGUGUUAAACCACCCAUUGACUUUCGUGAGAAGCUAAUACUUUCUCCUCUCACCACUGUGGGCAAUUUACCAUUUCGCAGAAUUUGCAAGGAAUUUGGUGCAGAUAUUACGUGCGGAGAAAUGGCCUGUGCAUUGCCCAUAGUCAAAGGUUUAAGCCAGGAAUGGGCUCUAACCAAAAGACACGAGAGUGAGGAUUUCUUUGGUGUCCAACUCUGCGGCAAUAAUCCUAAUAUAAUCAGCCAGGCGGCCCAAGUGCUUCAUGAUACAGCCAAAGUUGAUUAUAUUGACCUGAAUAUUGGUUGCCCCAUCGAUCUAAUCUACCAGCAAGGCGGCGGUAGUGCUCUAAUGAGACGAACUAAUAUCCUAGAGUUGACAGUACGUAGUUGUUCGAAUUUAUCCCCACAAUUGCCCUUUACGGUGAAAAUGCGAACGGGUAUCUAUGCGGAUAAGAGUGUGGCCCAUGAGCUAUUGCCUCUUGUAGAGGAAUGGGGUGCUGCCGCUGUAACUCUUCACGGACGAUCACGAGAGCAGCGCUAUACAAAGCAUGCCAAUUGGGAAUAUAUCGAGGAAUGUGCAUCGAAAGCCAAGUCAAUACCAGUUAUCGGUAAUGGGGAUAUUCUCAGCUAUGAAGAUUAUGUGGAACGUCGACAGAUUGCUCCUCACGUUAGUUCGGUUAUGAUUGGACGUGGAGCUCUAAUUAAACCAUGGAUCUUUCAAGAGAUCAAAGAGAAACGAGCUUGGUCACCCUCAUCGUCUCAACGUUAUGAGCUAUUGCAAAAAUAUUGUAACUAUGGCCUUGAGCAUUGGGGCUCUGAUACCAAAGGUGUGGAAAACACACGACGUUUUCUACUCGAAUGGCAAUCGUUUUUAUAUCGCUAUAUACCCGAAGAAGUGCAGCAGGCUCCACCACAAAAGAUCAAUUCUAGACCCCAGGCAUAUCGUGGACGCGAUGAAAUGGAAACCUUAAUGAGUUCCGGCAAUUCUUCAGAUUGGGUUAAGUUAAGCGAAAUGUUGCUUGGUCCUGUGCCACAGGGAUUUACUUUUGUGCCCAAACAUAAGGCGAAUGCUUUUUAAGAUUUCAAACUAAAGUAUAUUAAGCCAUGUAAAGUGAAAUGUAUUUUCUAAAUGUAGAAAAUACAUUUCUUAAACGACAUUAAUAAAAUUUACUGAACUAUGUUUAUAUUUCGCAGUAUAAUAAUAUUUCUAUACUAUUUUAUGAAA